AUGGCGGAGGACCUAUCUAUCGAAGAAACGCUCGUCAAAAUUCGUGGGCAUGUUAACAGCGGCCUGGCUAAUCAGUCAAAACCAGCUCAUGUUCUGGUCGCUGUUGAAGGUGCAUUGAAAGAACGGAAUCAGCCUCCCACUGCUGUGGCCCUCUACACCUCAUUACAAGUAACUCUAAAGGAGGCGAUCGCUCGAGAAAAUGGAAAGCUUAUGCUUGGGGAAGGCGAUGUCAUACCUGCUGUGCUAUAUCUUCUAUCUCUUAUUCUCCCACACGUUACACAUGCAAUCAUCCGUUCACAGUUGGUCGGCCUGCUAGAAAUAAUAACGCCUCUGUUCCCUCAGCUCGAUAAGAGCGCACCACCCCUGAGAUCUCUUAUUGGGAUUUAUGGCACCUUAUUCCCAAUACUGGAUCAGAACUUGCUCACGUCCGCUCUGUUACUUCGCCAAUCCUACGCCUUGAUUCUUCAAUACACUUUGGAUUCUCGGCCAAAAGUGCGCAAGAAGGCCCAAGAAGUUGUUGUUGCUGCCAUAUCAUCCCCUCCUCCACCGAUUCUUACCCAUCCUUAUGCGAACCAAACUGCUGAAGCCAUAAUAGAUGCGCUUCAAAUGGUUACAAACAGCCCUGCCAAGUCGAAGGGAGUUGAAACUGGCAUUUGGGUGUGCGCGUUUGUGAAACAUCUUGCACCCACUUGGCCGCCAUCGCAAUUAGACAACCUCUUACGUCCGCUACUGGCGUUACCAUCCCUAUUAUCCCCGUAUCUAACCUCUGAGUCAUAUGGACUUCUUUCAGUUCUUUUGCGAUCGCCCACGUUAGUUUUGCCUGCCUCCAACAUCCUAUCGUCUCUCCUGCAGUUUAUUCCAACCCACCACUCACAAGCCGAGGCGUGGCUCGAAGCUGUCGAAAAUACCAUGGUUGCUUUGGCACGCACAAGCAGCGAGGAAUGCUCUGCCUCUUUAUGGAAAGUUUGGACGCUAGCGAAGCGCUGGCUCAGUAGCGAUGAAGAUGCUGUUAGACUUGCUUCGGAAAAAGCACUUUGUGCAAUGGCUCGGUAUUGCAUUACUGACGAAGCUAUUCGUAAUGCUGCAUCUGCAUGGGAGAGCAAAUCAUCAUUGGUGCCUGCCGCGAAGGACGGGGCGGGAAAAGCAAAGAUGCCUACACUACUAAGCAUCAUAUCCGACUUAAAUAGUGCAUUCCAUGCUGUUGCCUACGCGAAGGCCGUUUCGUCUCUUCUUCUUGUCCUCUCGGCCCUGCUGUCGCGUUUACGCACGCGCCUUGUACCUGAUGGCCACAACUCUCCAACCGCCGCAGAGCUUCUACUGGGCGAGCUGGUGCAGCACGCUGGGAAGCUGAGAGCCUCGAAUGGCUUCGAAUACAAACAAGAGGCAGACGAGACACUUGGUACAGCUAUUCGUGUCCUUGGACCUGCGGCAUUCCUGAAUCUGCUUCCGUUGAACAUCAUUCCGGGUGCCAAGAAUCGGAAGAACAGCGAACUCCAAGGGAGAGCUUACCUUCUUCCCCUUCUGGCCUCGCAUAUAUGUAACACUCAGUUAUCCCAUUUCAUCAGUACAUUUAUUCCACUGUCAGAGGAGCUGUUCAACCUAAAAACGGAAGCCGAAAAAUCUGAGAGAUCAGCCGAGGUCAAAGUUUGGCAUGUGUUGAUAGAUCAGAUAUGGGCUUGCUUCAAAGGUUAUUGCGAAUUGUGUACCGAUGUUUCUGAGGCCUUCACAAACCAGUUUGCUAGAUUAAUCACCAACCUUCUCUACACUCAACCUUCGCUUCGUAACUCUAUCCUACUUGGCUUACGAGUGUUGGUUGAAAGUGUGCAAACCGUCGCCAAUUCCUCUGCACCUCCAGAUGCCCUCACUUGGGGCUUCGGGAUGUCACAAGUAGAUGCUCGCAAGAACUUAGAAUUUUUGGGCACUCUCGCUUCGAAUAUGAUUUUAGUAUUGUUUAAUGUGUUUAGCACCACAGGUUCCGAGGAGAGAGGUCCUGUCGGCGAGGCGAUUAAGGCUUGGCUUACAAUCGCUGGCCCCUCGGAUGCUGAAACAAUGUACAAUAAGCUCUUGGAGAUGCUUCAGACAUCCCUCCAAGACACUGCUCCUCAGUCUGGGGACAUACCUCUCUCGCAUACGAGUUUGGACUUGAUACUUUUAUUGUUGCCCCAUUUGCCGCCUCCUCUAUCCUCCGCCCUCUUGGAGAAGGCGUGCUCCAAGGACCUUCUCGAAAGUAAGGACCGUGGAGUCCAGAAGCGCGCGUAUCGCAUCCUCGCCAGGUCCAUUGAAUCCGUCAGCGUUAUUCGAGAUGAUAGUGUCGCCAUUGAACGCCUCGUGAAACGGAUCGUAGCAACAUCUCAGUCGAUAUUGCCAGGAGUAGAGAAAGACAGGAUUGGUCUACUGGCAGUUAUUGUCCCGUCACUCCCAAACGGCGAACUGCAUCUCAUUGCGUCUUUCAUCACUGAGGUAGUUUUGGCAACAAAAGAAGACAAUUCCAAAGCUAGAAUAGGUGCUUUCGAUCUGCUCGUCUCUAUGGGCGCCAGGAUGUCGGAGGGCGGGACUAUCAAACGCAAUCUGAUCCAGGACAUGGACAAUAAGGGCGCGGAGCCUCUCCCUGCCUCAAUUGAGGAGUUCAUUACCAUGGUUGCUGCAGGUCUAGUGGGAACAACUCCCCAUAUGAUCAGUGCAACCAUCACCGCCAUCUCUCGAAUAAUGUUUGAAUUCAAAGACCGUGUUUCACCGAAAAUGCAAACUGAAGUCUUAACAACAGUCACAGUCUUUUUGAGAUCUGCGAACCGGGAAAUCGUCAAAUCAGCGCUAGGCUUUGCCAAGCUGGCGGUAACCGUCCUUCCUGUUACAACUGUUCAGCCUAUCCUACUAGACCUAGUCCCAGCGUUGCUUGGUUGGUCACACGACCAAGGAAACCGUUUCAAAUUGAAGGUACGACACAUAUUUGAGCGUAUGGGACGACGUUUUGGAUGGGACAAUAUCAUCCAACAUGCUGGAGAUAACAACUCUGGCGGUUACAAAGUGAUCCAGAACGUCAAAAAGCGUAAAGACAUGAUGAAGAGGAAAAAGGCCGCCAAAGCACAGGAAAAUGACGAGUCAAGCUCUGAUGAUGAACCCAAACCACGAGUAACAACAGGAGAUGCAUUCCAUGAUGUACUAUACGGCAGUGAAAGUGAGGCUGAGGAUUCUGGGGGAGAGUCGGGCCGGAAACAAAAACCACAGUUGAAGGGUAAGGGACAGGCACAGCGGGGACGCAGCGUUGACAGGAGGGAGGCGCACUCAGCGAAGAUCGGGACGCGCCUACGAAUCGAUAAUGAUGAUCCUACUGAUCUCUUGCAUGCGGGUGCUACAUCCAUCACUUCCUUAAAUCCACGAAAGAAGCGACAGCCUGGUCAAGAAGCUUCUCAUUUCAGAACUGAAGAAUCAGGGAAGCUUGUCAUUUCGGACGAUUCCGACAAUGGCGGCGUUGAUCGGGCGGAAGACGAUGCUGCGGAUACACAAAUGGCGUUGGUGGACGAUUUCAAUCGUGGCCCUCGAGGCGAAGUUAAAUUCCACAAGAACACUAAAAAGCGCAGAGCGGAAGACUCUAAAGCAGAGGACGUGGAAAUGGCUGACCGUGACGCCGGCGAAGGUGGAAACAAACGCAAGAAGUACAAGCAGGAGCCCGUACGGCUUGGCCGAGAAUUCAAAGCCAAGAAUGCCGGGGGUGAUGCUAAACGCGGAGGGGUGGAUCCGUAUGCGUAUCUCCCACUUGCAAAAGUUGGAACAAAGAAAGGACGGAGCACCAAAUACAGUUUUACAGGUAAACGUAAAUGA